CACAUCGUCCCGGCUGGCUAGAAGCAGUCGUCCAAUAUCCCCGUUGCGAAUACGUCGUGUGCUUUGUUACUUGCGUACGCGACGGGCCAAUUGCGCAGCCGGGGUUGACCACUCGUUUUGUCGGUACCUACUACUCGUAACACAACAUGUCCAAUCCGUUCCCCUCCAGAAUACCGACGGGUGAUUCUCAAACAGAGAAAUUCCCACUCGCACCAUCGUUUCCAUCGUCAACACAGCUCAGUGCCAGUGGAAAGUCCAAAUUGUCGCCCGCCGCUUCAUUUCUAAGACGCUCCCCAAGUAAUGCCCAUCAUGCUAGGCGCCAAUCGGUCCAGCAUCCAGAUGUCCUUCGCAGCACGCGGCGAUACAAGUCACAAUACCCUCUUGACUCUUCUGAACGCCAUGUCGAAUAUAUCCUUGUUGCCUCUUUCCACAUCGACCGCGGUCCGAUAAUGGAACAUCAGUACCCCAGUGCGAUUAGUGGUGAUGAGGGUAUGCUUGCAGAGCUUAUGCUUCCCGACCAGACGCACGUACGAAGUCAGGAUUGGACCAUUUUCUUCCUACACAAGGACACCGAGUCGGAUGACGAAGAUGCGGAAAGAGAAAGCCCCAAAAGACGGAGAAGAAGACGAAGGAAGCAACAAACCGAAAUCGAGCAAGAAAGCGAUGCAGACUCAAAUAAUGACGAGGACGAUCAGUCAGAUGCAGCUGAAAGCACGGAUGACGAGGAAGAUAGCGGAGAAGGGCCGCCGCUCAUGUACGUCUUGAACUUGGUCAAUACCAAGCAAGAUAAUACAGUAAGACGUGGCGCUGUUGUCAAAGCAAUGGCAAUUUGCACGCGUCAUUCGUUUCUGCAUAUAUACAAACCAUUGCUUUUGUUGGCCUUGGAAGAUUAUUUCAAGUCACCUUACCCGGAGACCCUUGCAUCUCUAUAUAAUGCUGUCAACGCAAUGGAUCUGUCCUUAUUACCUCGGUUCAACCUCCUCGAACGAAGUAUUUUACAGGCAAGUGACUCGAAGGACAUGUUUAUUGAGAAGUUCGAGCGCAUGAUCGAACAGCGAGUUGCAGAUGAAGAGGCAGACCGUGGUCCCGACGCCUCCCCAGAGUCGCCCACGGCUAGAUCCCGAUACGCCUUACCACGAGAUACACACGAAUUCGAAUCCAAAGUGGUAUAUAACGAUAUACCAAUUCCAGUAAAAGUGCCCACAGUCAUUUGGCCAGAGACGGUGGGCGACUUUUCACUCAUCAAACUUAUUCAAAUCUUCGCGACACCGCACUCUACGACUCCACAGCCAUUUGCGCUUCAUCCUCAUCUUACGACCAAUGGAGCUUAUACACAUCCUAUAAUCGUGCUCGUCAAUGCUAUGCUUACACAAAAGAGGGUCAUUUUCCUUGGACAUAAUAGACCAUCAGGAGAGGUAGCAGAAGCGGUAUUAGCUGCGUGUGCUUUGGUAUCUGGCGGUAUCCUUCGCGGGUUUACACGCCAUGCUUUCCCGUACACAGAUUUGACUAAAAUCGAUGAUCUUCUCAAGGUACCAGGAUUUGUUGCUGGUGUUACUAAUCCCACAUUUGCAAAUCACCCCGAAUGGUGGGAUUUGUUAUGCGAUCUCCCUACCGGCCGGAUGAAGAUCAGCAGUCGCAUUGAACAGGCACCGCUAACAGAAGGACUAAAAUUCUUUCAGCAUCCUACUGGAGGUAAUGCAUCCAACCAGGGUGCAGACCCUACAGGUGAUGUAGCGUUUAUGGAUGACAUUCUACGGAGUAUCAAUCAAAGGUAUGGAGAAGGAGUUAUUCGAGCCAAGUGGCGGGCAUUUAUCUACAAAUUCACUAGAGUAGCGGCGGCGUUUGAAGAGACAGUGUACGGCGCGUCGGCUCUAUAUAUAAUGGGACCUGGGGAAGAUGCCACAUCAAGUCCCAGUGGCUCCAAAGGAGAUUCAGCAGAUCCAGCAUCGCUCCGGGGACAUGGCUAUGUGUGGCCAGAUGAGGCCAGUAAGCAACGCGAGCUGGCAGCAUGCGUCUACCGAAUUGAAGGGUGGCGGAAUACCCGGUCCUACUACGCAUUUAUACAGGAUGUUGCUACUUCGUACAAUGCCACUGGCCCUGUCAAACAAAUGGACUUGCAGCAUCAUCACGAUCGGCUGCGUUCUUUGAAACUCCCUGCGGAAGAGGCGGCUGCUAUAUAUCUUGCCUUUUCGCACGCGAUUCGUGAUUACGCGGGCGUAUGCCAGUUAUUGACCGUGACACCGGAAAGUCAGGCUGGAUUGUUCUACGUAAGUCUUGGACUAUUCCAUCCAGACGUGGCAGUACGGGACGCUACGGUGGAUUUACUCGAUCGUAUAGCCAGUCACGAGGCAGGACGACAUUUUUGGAAUCAAGUGGGCCGGUUUACAAAGUUGGCGUAUAUGCGGAUUAAACGAGAGCGCGAUGCUCUCAUCAGCCCAGCCCUGUAUACAGCGAGCCAAGGUGAUCCUUUUGGCGGACCGCUUCGUCAGCAACGAAGUUUAGUUGGCAUUGCUUUAGGGGAGGCUACGAACAGGAGGAGUUGAUGUUUACCUCUCAGCUUGUUUUUACCAUCUAUAUUCUAUCAUAUUAUAUUAGAUUUGGACAUGUGACUACAAAUUUCACGAAUCA